CAUCGCUUAGAAACGGCCGACGGAUAAUCGCCAGACGAGAGAGUUGAGUGAAUUCAUGCUGAAGGGGGAGAGUGCUGGAGGUAGACUAGUGCCUGGAGCUUUGUGUUUGUGUAGGUGCUUCAGCAUCAGGGGUUCUAAUCUGGCUAUCUGACGAGCUCAGUGUCAUUACCACAUGAACAGAGGUUGCUGUGCUUCAUGGACAACAGUGAUCUCCCCUGUGUGAACCUACCCACAGUGCAAAUCACAGCCACAUCCUGUCCCACCUCGACAGAUUCACCUUGACUGUUUCACCUUGACUCACCACUCGUGUUCCCUCAUCUUCUCAUUCCUGGACUUCUCCACCGCAGUGCCAACUUUUUACCAUCUGGUCCCUAAAAGAGCUGGGAUGAUGCCAGACCUGCGCACCUCCAUUACCCAUAUAAGCCAGGGCUAAUCAGCAGCGCCUCCACGCACCCCUUCACACUUUGGCCGGCGAGAUGAGCGACAGGAGCUGGGUGUGUCUGAGCCCAGCCGAGUUCUCCCAGCUGCAGCAGUACAGCGAGUAUUCUUCUAAGAAGCUGAAGGAUGUUUUGGAGGAAUUUCAUGGAAACGGUGUGCUCUCCAAAUAUAACCCAGAGCAGAAGCAAGAUGUUCUUAACCAACCUAUCGACUACGAGGGCUUUCAGCUCUUCAUGACCACCUACUUAGAGAAUGACAUCCCUGAGGAACUGUGCCAACACCUCUUUACAUCAUUUAAGAGUAAGACUGGAGAAAGCGGGUUCCCUGAUGGCCCCCACUCCGGAACAGCUCUGCUUGGGAUGAAUGGGAAGAGUAUUUUGAGUGCAAUGGUGAGACAUUCAUCGGAACACUCAUCUGGCAUUGUGCCAGGCUCAGGUGCCACCACCUCACCAUGUUCCUCCCGCUCCUCGUCAGAGCGCUCAGGCACGGGGAAUCACACUCCUCAUCGCUCACCUAGUGCCCAGUACAAAAACCCAGCGGGUAGCAGCAGCAACGCUCUGGCACCAACCAACAGUGCCAGCUCCCCUCGAAUCUCCCAAGAGCUAAGUCAAUCAGACAAGAGAGUUUCUCUAAAGAGAAGUCCAUCCCCUCAGAAGAGUUCCACCAUGUCCUCUCCACUAGUCGUCUUCCUGAAGGACAUAGUAUGUUACCUGUCUCUGCUGGAGCGAGGGACCCCAGAGGACAAGCUAGAGUUUAUGUUCCGGCUCUAUGACACAGACGGAAACGGCCUCUUGGACAGCUCAGAACUUGAUCGUAUCAUCAACCAGAUGGUCCAUGUAGCAGAAUAUCUGGAAUGGGAUUCAACAGAGCUGCGGCCGAUUCUAAAGGAGAUGAUGGAGGAGAUUGACUAUGAUCGGGAUGGAACAGUAACACUAGAGGAGUGGAUCAGAGGAGGAAUGACCACUAUACCCCUUUUGGUAUUGCUGGGAAUGGAGACGAAUGUACAAGAAGACGGGCAGCAUGUGUGGAGACUAAAGCACUUCAACAAGCCAGCGUACUGCAACUACUGUCACACUAUGCUGUUAGGAGUUCGAAAACAAGGCCUUUGCUGCUCACUAUGCAAGUACACAGUCCAUGAGCGCUGUGUGUCCAAAGACAUUGCUGCCUGCAUCAGCACCUAUGCCAAGUCUCGCAGACACACUAACGCUAUGCAGCAUGUCUGGAUGGAGGGAAAUUCACCAACCAAAUGUGAUCGAUGUCACCGAAGUAUCAAAUGCUAUCAGGGACUUACAGGCCUUCAUUGUGUUUGGUGUCAAAUCACUCUACAUAACAAGUGUGCAUCACAUGUGAAGUCAGACUGUGAUGGUGGGGCAUUGAAGGACCAUACCCUAUUGCCAUCUUAUAUUUGCCCUGUUGUACUGGACCGUCACUCUGUAGUAAAAAGAGGAGAGGGUGAGUCGUCCCCGAGUACCAGUCCUGAUGAUUCCACCCAGUGCUUCAAGUUCACAGGAGAUGGUCAAGCCCUGCAGAUUACUCCACUCCCUGGAACACAUCCUCUGUUGGUGCUGGUUAACCCGAGGAGUGGUGGACGACAGGGAGAAAGAGUGUUGCGGAAAUUCCAGUAUCUGCUCAACCCCAGACAGGUGUAUAGUCUGGAUCGCGGAGGACCCAUGGCAGGACUAAACUUCUUCCGUGAUGUUCCUGAUUUUCGAGUUUUAGCCUGUGGAGGAGAUGGAACAGUGGGCUGGAUCUUGGAUUGCAUUGAUAAGGCUAAUUUUGCCCGUCACCCUCCUGUAGCCAUUCUACCACUGGGUACUGGAAAUGACCUGGCACGAUGCCUGCACUGGGGUGGAGGCUAUGAGGGAGGUAAUCUUCUCAAGUUUCUGAAAGAUAUUGAGCACAGCACUGAGGUGGUUUUGGACCGCUGGACCAUCGAUAUCACUCCUGAUGACAAAGAGGAGAAGGGAGACCCUGUACCCUACAGCAUUGUGAAUAACUACUUCUCUAUUGGCGUGGAUGCAUCGAUAGCUCACAGAUUUCAUUUAAUGAGGGAGAAACAUCCUGAAAAGUUCAACAGCAGAAUGAAAAAUAAGCUCUGGUAUUUUGAAUUCGGCACCACAGAGACGAUCUCGGCCACCUGCAAGAAGCUGAAUGAGAGUGUUGAAGUAGAGUGUGACGGCAUCAUCCUAGACCUCAGCAACACGUCUCUGGAGGGCAUCGCUGUGCUUAACAUUCCCAGCAUGCACGGUGGCUCCAACCUGUGGGGCGAGACCAAAAAGAGACGCAACUACAACCGCAUGAGCAAAAAACUACCAGAGAGAAUGUGCGUCAGCACUGUUACCGAUGCCAAGGAGCUCAAAUUCUGUGUGCAAGAUCUCAGUGACCAGUUGCUAGAGGUGGUUGGCUUGGAAGGGGCAAUCGAGAUGGGCCAGAUCUACACAGGUCUCAAGAGUGCCGGUCGACGUCUUGCCCAGUGUGCCAGUGUCACCAUCAGGACAUCCAGACUGCUACCUAUGCAGAUUGAUGGGGAGCCCUGGAUGCAGCCUCCCUGCACGGUACAAAUUACACACAAGAAUCAAGUGCCAAUGUUGCUUGGCCCCCCACAGAAAAAACCUUUCUUCUACUUCAAGAAUCGCAACAGAAGUCGGGACUAAUGGAAUCACACUCUUCCUGCCACGAUAGCACCCACAUUUACCAAGUUCACCAUUCUGGACAUCUGUGGGAUGAACUAGUACACCAGGACAUCUCUUCUGAGAUGAACAAAAAACUCUUAUCUUAAUCUUGCAUGGACCAAGGACUCUAAGUAGCCCAACAUUUAGAGGCUACAGUGACUGAUCGAGCC